AAGUACUCUUUUUCAUGAGAUGGCAUCAGCUACUCCCUCAGCUCUUGUCAGCUCUGUAGAGAAGACAAAUGGAGCCAAGCUCAGCAGACUUCUCAUCGAUGGUGGAACUACAGUCCUGAGGUGUAUUUUCGAUAGCUGUCAUCCUCCAGGAAGUCUCUCGGCUUCCUUUACUGCAAACUAUUCAACUCUGAAUAUUCUUUUACGGAAACGAAUUUUACAUAGAUCACAAUGGGAUCUAUUGUUUCCUCCAAGCGGUGCUCCUCCAGACUCCCAAACAUUUGAUAUCACUCUUUUAUUCCUUCUGUUAACCAAAAUCUGUGGUCUCUCCCCACCCCACUCUGGUUGGCAUUGUAAGCCACCGCCCAGUGACUCCUCUCUUGAGGCAAACUUAGCUCGUAUUAAGUUUUACCGCAAUGAGUUGUAUGGCCAUGUUACCACAACUGGUAUUGCUGAUCCAACUUUCUCAACUCUGUGGCAGGAGAUCAGUGCUGUUCUUGUUGCUCUUGGCUUGCAGCAGGCAGAAAUUGAUAGAUUGAGAGCUGAGUAUUGUGGAGAGCAAGAGUUCAUUGUUGCUUUGCUUGAGUGGGCUGAUACUGAGGAAGAUAUAAAAUCACAGCUGAAGGAAAUCCGUCUUGCCCAGACCAAGGUUCACCAAAUAACCAGUGACGUACAUAAAACCCAGCUACAAGAUCAUAGAGCUAUACGGGAAAGUAAUUCCAGGUUAGAAUACAUACGUCAGACCCAACUAGAAGAUCACCGAACCCUUCAAGAUAGCAAAGCAAAACUCGACGAGGCUCGUCGAACUCAACUUGAAGACAGCAAUGCAAUUCAAGAUACACGAUCAAAAGUGGACGAGGUAUGCGAAAGGUUGAAGACUUUAAAAGAAGAAUUCCAGCAGAAUAUUGAUGACUUGAAAGGUGAAAGCAAGAAGCAAGGUGAUGAUGAAAUCCUAAGAAGGCUCGCAAAGGUUGACACUUUGCAUGAUGUAAGGCACCAUGCAAAUAGAUAUUUAAACGGGACUCGUUUAUCGAUCUUUGCAGAAGUUGAGAGAUGGUUAGGUGAUGAAGGAUGUUCGAAUCGUGUGAUGGUAAUCAGUGGGAAUGCUGGAAUGGGAAAGUCCGUAAUAUCAGCUGUUGUGUGCGAAAAGAUGUUAAAAGCUGGAAGAUUGUUAGGAAGCCACUUCUGUAAGCAUAACGUGGCGCGUCGAAGAAAUCCCAAAGUGAUGUUACAGUCCUUAGCCUGUCAGCUCUCAGAUUCUCUGCCAGAAUACAAGGCUGCUCUUGUCGACAAGUUGUCAAGAAAUCUGGGUGAUGACAUCAACAGUAUGGAGGUGAGAGAUUUGUUCGAAUUGCUGUUUGAGGAACCUCUUUGCGGCAUAAAUGACCCUGGUAUAACCUAUCUCGUUGUAAUGGAUGGUUUGGAUGAAAGUGAAUACCAAGGACGAAAUGACCUUUUAGACGUGAUUUCUAGUUACUUCAAGAAGCUCCCACUUUGGAUUAGAUUUCUGAUAACAACGCGACCUGAAUUAAACAUCGCCGACAGGCUGAAAGGUUUGCUUCCAUUACGCUUGGAGCCAAGUCAAGAAGAAAACAUGAGUGAUAUCCACCUUUGCUUCAAAGAGAAGCUAACCCAUUUGUCACAAUAUGGAAAUCGAGAAAUCCUGCUGAAAGAACUUGUCGCAAAAUCGGAAGGAAUCAUGCUCUAUGCUCAUUACCUGGUUGAUUUUCUAAAUAAAGAUGUCCCAACGACACAUGAACUGAUGCAAAGCACCUUGCCAGCCGGUAUUUCGUCUGUUUACCAAUGCUAUUUUGAGCGUUUAGAGAAAAAUUUACGUGAACAGUUAGAGAUUAAAGAAGACCAGUUCCUAAAUUUCUUGGGCGCUGUCGCAGUUACGUACGAACCUUUGCCUCUAGGCUUUGUCUCAAAAUUAUUGCUGUCAGCGGGGAAUUCAUCGUCAGCUGAUCAACGAAAAUUAAGAAAAGCUAUCACAUGCAUCUCGAAUCUUCUUCCCAUUGAAAAUGAGUGCAUCCACUUUUUUCACAAGUCCAUCAAAGAUUGGUUGAUUGACAAUUCAAGUUAUGGCCAUCACAGCUUUAGUCUGGUCCAAACAGAAUGUCAUAACAUCCUUGCCCAACUUUGUAUUGAUGAACUUGAUGAGAUGAAGCGAAAAGGUGUCCGCAGUGCACUUUUCAGUGACACCGCAAAAUAUGCGUUACAACAUGGCGUCACACAUAUGCUUGAGUCGAAUGAAGAUAGGUGGGAAUUGAACCUCGAAGAAGUUAUAACAAAGUAUGUUUUGGACUUGGAACUAGUGUACGCAAAGCUCUGUGUUAACUCCUCUGUGGCUUCGGAAGAUAUUCUUCGCGUUCAGAGGCAACAGCAUUUGAUGAAUAGUGAUUCGUUUGACAAGUGCGAUAGAAUGAUAGAACUAAAAACUUUGUUAUUACAAUUACGGAAAUAUAACAAUAUGUUAACAGAAUUCCCUCAAGCUCUCUUUCAAACCCUGCUUAAUGACGGAGGAUCCACAUUAUCUUAUGAAGCAAUGAACCUGUUGGAGACUAAAUUUCCGGAAUUCUCAUACAUGGAAUAUUUGCAUAAGAACGAUUAAGAAGAGCUUGUUCAAGCUAGGUUUCAAUGUUCAGCGGAAGUAGCUUGUAUAGAGGUUUCCCCUCAGCUAGAUUUAAUGGUUUGUCAGUGUAACGAUAACACGAUUCACCUUUGGUCACUAGAAACUGGCAAGCUCUUAUGGACUCGUUCUCAGACUGUUCAAGAACCUCUAGACUAUGUGUAUCUUUCAAACGCCUUUAGAUCGAUUUCACCCGAAGUAUCUGGUUGCUUAUCAUUUUACCGUUCCGUGCUAUUUCAUCCUACUGAGAAAUUUGUGUUAGCAAGAGUUCUUAGUUAUGCCUAUUCUUUCGACGGAGUCCUCAAACCGCUCUUUCCUUCAAGUGAGUGUUCAUUCUCAGUUUGUUCUGUUUCUACAGAGAGAACGGCAAUAUUAACAGAUUGUCCUCGCAACCCUAAAUGUAUAAUAAUGUGGAGUCUCGCUGAUGGAUCGGAAACUAGUCGUUUCACCAGCACUGAUGAUAUCUUAUCUUUUGCUUGGUCUCAAGAUGGGAGUCUUUUGGCAAUUUCUGAUUCCAUAGGAUAUAUAAGUUUGGUUGAUACUCUGAAUGGGUUUACCUUUCUGGCAAAGGCACAUACCUCGCACAAGAGGGGAAUGAUAAAGUUCUCCCAUGACUAUCGUUAACUUUUCGGAGCAUACUUUGCCGUUGAACCGUAUUUGAAGCACCAUCUUUUGUGUUUAGAGGUGAAAGUAAACGACAUUGGUAGUAUGUCGUUAGAUAUUGUACCCAGCAAAGUCUCUUAUAAUCCCUGGGAAUACGAAUCGUGCGCCGAGUCUGGUUUCGAGCUUGGGGAUCCGAUGUGGUAUCCGUUUGAGGAACGCCCAGCCGAUUGGUAUACGGAGUUUGCGUUGGUGCUUAGUGAGGAUUGUCUGUUAAGGGGUUCUCCUGUAAGUGAUGUCAUUGAAAUGGUGAGCAUCGAUGAACGGACGAAAUGCAGAUAUGCAGUUUCUCAGACUGCUAUCGAGAAAGUGGCAUUUUCAGUCGAUGGAAACACUCUCUAUACAGUCACCCAUCCUACCGGAAAAACACGGACUCUUAAGGCGUGGGAUGUUUUAAAUUCGACGUUAAAAGCCGAAAAAAGCGUUCAUGCUGGAUUUGGGGACAACUGUAUUCUAGCUGUUGUAAGAAAAGGUGUUUUAAUCACAGCUUUGGGCGGCGUUCUUGAGCUAUGGAAUGCCGAGUUGUCUGAGUGUGUCCAAAGGUGGACUAACAUAGGGUUUAUCAGGCGAGUUUCUCAUGUGACUAAAGAUCGAGUUGCCUUGGAAAAACUUAGCGGAAAAACGGAGUGCAUUUUGGAUACAAAAGAGAUGGACAUUGCGCCAAUGAUCUGUGGUGGGAACGGAAAAUUUGUUGCUUGUAACAGCAAAUGUCAGGUCUUAAGACUCGCCGAUAAAAACUCACUGCAGCUGUGUUGUGGCGAAUGUUUACUCUGGGAAACGUCUUCCCCUAUUGCCUUGUUUUUUUUCCGUCAACACGGUACUUUUUCACCAUCCGAACGGAUCUUUGUAAUUUUGGGCAGAGCCAUACGUGGUUAUAAAUUUGAUGGAGCCAUUUUUGUCUUUGAUGCAGUUUCUGGAAAAGCAAUCCGCUUGUUGCCUGUUUAUGACUACAGAAGUUAUCCUCGAAUGGAAUGCGCUUUUCUAAGCGACGAGGAGUUUCUUAUGUCAACCAAUUUUACUCUUCGUAUGUUUAAUCUCAAGUCCGGUCAGCUGCUGAGUGUGAUUGCAAUGAAAAGUAUAGUAUGGAGUCUAACAGCUUCUCCACUUGGACGUCUCGUCGCUGUUGGUCUUGAAGAUUCCAACCGAGGAUUCAAAAUUAUGCGGGUGAAACCAGGAGAGAGACUGAGAAAGCAAGUCAAAUGAAAGUCAAAUCACCUCCAGGAAUGAACCAUGUGAAACCAGAAUGCUGUCUUGAAAUUUUCCGAAGGAUUGAAUUACGACUGAAACAACCCAGAAUUGUCGCAUUCCUUUCAGAUACUCCAAUGCCUUCUGUUAGCCACCAACUUUGCCUCGCCCCGGGGAUUGACAACCUCGUUCCCCGGGCUUUUCCCUUUUUGAAUAUUUUGGCGGGCGGGAAAAAAUAUUCAAAAAGGGAAAAGCCCUGGGAACGAGGUUGGGGGAUUGACUUAAAGGCCAAACACCGACAUCGAAUGAGUUGAUUUUUCACAUGAAGUACACUAGAAUAGCUUGGCAGAGAAAUGGUAUUAAAAUGACUUCAACUGUUGC